AAAUUCAAUUCCCAUUCUCAUUCCAAUUUCCCUGCGCUCCUCCUCCGAAUCCCUUUCUUCUGGGUCAGGAGAUAUUCCAAUCGGAGCUCCCAUUAUACUACACGUCGUCGUUUAUUAAGUUCGAUAUCGGUCUCUCCAACUCCAAAGUUCGUCGUUCUGUCACAUAUUAUUAUUAUUAUCUUCUCUUCUCUUUCCAUGCUUUUACUUUUCUUGUCCAUGUAUUGCAUGUGUUGUGCCGUGUUUCGAGAAAUGCAGUACCGUUCCCAAAACUUGCUUUAAUUCAUGUUGCUAAUUCACUAAUUCUCAAAUGCCUGCGAUUGCGUUUCUGUUGAACGGCAAUGAGUUUUACUUUUAAUCUGGAUAAUAACUGAAAGUUCCUGUAUUUGGAAAUACCAUGAUACGUGUGUGUAUGAAGCAAUCAAAAUGAAUUCAGUGUGUGUGAUAAGGAAAGUUUCUGCAUUCAUCUCGUGGGUGUGUAUUCUGUAUUCCGCUGCAGAAUCACGAAUUCCAUUGUAGUGUUAUAUCUGUCAGAGGAUUCUUCUCUAACAAGUAUAAUAGCCGUCCUAUUCGUUUCUGGAGGAUCUGCCUAUUAGUGAGCCUAGACUAUACCGAAUUACGCAAACAAUUGGACUAGUUCUUAGUGUUAUGUUAGUGUCUUCAUAUUAUAACACGUCAUUUUAAUCUUAAAGAGCUAUUAUUGAGAAUCUCUAUACAUAUUCUUUGCCAGUUAUAAUGAUGGGCAAGGUGCCACUGCCACUGCCGCCAUAAUUUAGGGGAUUUGUGAAUACAACAAUUUAUGGAUAUUUUGAUGUGGAAGAGUGAUGUGGGUGGCUUGCAACUGUGAGUAGAGUAGCAAUGUUUUGCAGGAUGAUGUUAUUUGUAUACAAAGUAAACCACCCAAUGCAAACGCCACAAGGAUACUCUUUAUUUAUGGAGGGUAGAGUGGCUCCAAAAGCACACCUUUUAUUGCCUUAUCCUCCUUACAUUUUGUCUACAAUACCUUUUAUCAGUUUGUCUUUAACACCUUUUAUUAGCGCCUGCAAAACAUAUUUGGUAUGGUUGAAGCAUGUUAUGGAAUUUACUUUUGCAUAAUUCAUGACGAUUAUGCAUCUGUUUAUUUGCCACUUAUGAAAAGUGAAAGGGUUUGCUUGAUGCUUCACUUGUUGUUCUGUCUGUAAUCAUCAAAAUACCAAUCUUCAUUUCUUUCUUCUUUCAUCCUGCUUUUCAUCUACAUCCUGGCCAAGUUGCUUGAACAGACAAACCUAUUUUGAAUAUGGAUAAGGACUUAAUGUUAUUGAAUCUUGAAUAUGGUUAACGACUUCUUGUUCUUGAAUCUUGAAUAUGGAUAACGACUUCUUGUUCUUGAAUCUUGAAUGUGGAUAAGGACUUCUUCUUGUAUCUUGAAUAUGCGGAUUAGUCCUUCCUUGAAAUAGUGUGAAUGUUCCUUUUGGGGAAGUGGCCAUGAACUUGAAUGCAUACUUUAUCGAGUGAACUAACUAAAAGAAGAGAAAUAAAUUCUAAUUUAACGAAAUGGGAUAUAUAACAGUGCAGAUUAUAUGAAAUUUAUAUUAAUAGGUUAAAUUAUUGAUCUUUAUGGUUUCACUGAAUUUUCAAAUAGGAUUUUGUAGUUUAUAAAAUUUUAGCUAGACUUUUAUAUUCUUAAAAUUUUUAAGUAGGUGCUUAUAGUGUAACCGAGUUUUCACUGCAGUCCUUAGUAAAUAUAAAACUUUACAAUUAAGAACUUAACAAUGGCACAGAAUGACCUGCAGAGACUACAAACAAACACUGUUGGAGUUUGAAUGGAGUUAUAGCCAAUAGGGCCUAUAUAGAAACUUUUUAGGAGUGUUUGAAAGGGCUUAUUUGGUCUUAUGACCUUAUAAGCUUUUUUUAGUUUUCUUUAAAAGGUUUUGUGAGCAAGUUUAUCAAAAUAAGUUUUUUUACCCGAAUUCACAGUUAGUUUAUGUAUAAGCUCCCAUUAAUAAACACGUUAUGAAGCUUAGUUAAGUUGCUCUUCCAGAUGUAUCCUGAAAGUUAAAAAACUUUUAACCUAUAAAGGCUUAUUUAAAAUUUAGUGCAGCUAUAGGGACCAAUUGAAUAAUUAACCAAGUAUUUGGUUUUGGUAAGUUUCAGUUCUUGGAGGAAUCGAUGCAGAACUUUCAAGGUUGGAGCGUCUGUUGGUUGGCUCCAGUUUAGUGGGAUUUGGUUCCAGGAGUUCAAGAAAUCAAGUGAUCGUUCAAUUGGUUUUUAUUUACUGCUAGAGGCUGUCAAGCACCCGACUGCUACAUUGUAGUUUAUGUGGAAUUAUUGUAUAUGCUCUUGUUUUGGUGUGUUCCCUCUUGCAGUAUUACUGAUUGGAGCUGGCCAACCUUAAUUCAAUUUUGUUGCUGCUUUCAAUUGAUCUUCAGCAGUGUAGAAGAAAGCAACAGUGUAUUCGGUUUUACCUGGCUUGAUGGGGGUGACAACAUAUGCCUUUUAGAAGUCUUUCUUAUUUCUAAACAUUUUCUUACAUGCAGGUCACCAGGCUACUGCCUGCUUCUAGAUAGCUUAUAAUCUUAUCUGAAGAUAGCUAGCAUCAUGGGAGAGGUGGCAGUAAUGCACUCUGAGCCUCUGCAGUUUGACUGCAAUGACAUGAAGCAUAUGACUGAGAAAGAUGUGUAUAAUCUACCUUCAAAUGAAGAGCACAUCCUUGAAGAAGAAUCAAGUCAAUCCACAAAUCAGAAAAAGAUCAAUGAGUUGCAAGAGAGAGGAUACAUGGAAUAUGGAUGCCAACAUUACCGAAGAAGAUGCCGUAUUAGGGCUCCCUGUUGCAACGAGAUUUUUGAUUGUCGCCAUUGUCACAAUGAGACAAAAAAUAAUAUCAACAUUGAUCAGAAGCAUAGACACGAUAUUCCACGCCAUCAAGUUAAACAGGUGAUAUGUUCGCUUUGUGGUACCGAACAAGAGGUUCAGCAAAACUGUAUUAACUGUGGUGUUUGUAUGGGCAAGUACUACUGUGGGACGUGUAAGCUCUUUGACGAUGAUGUAUCUAAGCAGCAGUAUCAUUGCAGUGGCUGUGGAAUUUGCAGAACUGGAGGAUGUGAAAAUUUCUUCCACUGCUACAAAUGUGGUUGUUGCUACUCAACACUGCUGAAAAACAGUCACCCUUGUGUGGAAGGAGCAAUGCAUCACGAUUGCCCCAUUUGUUUUGAGUUUUUGUUUGAAUCUCUGAAUGAUGUCACUGUUUUGCUGUGUGGACAUACAAUACAUAAGAGUUGCCUGAAGGAAAUGAGGGAACACUUCCAGUAUGCGUGUCCUCUCUGCUCGAAGUCGGUUUGUGAUAUGUCAAAGGUUUGGGAGAAAUUUGACUUGGAGAUUGCUGCUACACCAAUGCCUGAACAAUAUCAAAACAAAAUGGUUUGGAUCCUUUGCAAUGAUUGUGGCAAAACAUCUCACGUUCAAUUCCAUCUUGUUGCUCAGAAGUGCUUGAACUGCAAGUCCUACAACACACGGCAAACAAGAGGCUGAGCAAGUGGCAAUGGGUACUUAUAGAACUACUUUUGAUUUCACUUCAUUCCUGUGUAGCUAGUGGCAACCCAAGUGCAUCCUUCAUUUAGUACGAGGAAAAUGCAUGUGGGGAUCUUUCAAACUGAUUUGGUGUCGGGGGUAGUGUUGGUUCAGGUGUUGUCGUGUUGGUAGUUUACGGUUGGGGAAAGCUAAUUACUGUUGCCCUUUUAGUGUUCCGUCGUGUAAUGUCUUGUUUGGGAUAUUGCCAACCUUCAAAUUAGCUGUGUUCCUCGAACUUGGUAUAUUUUAAGAAUUGAAUUAGGACAUUGAUGAACGUCGUCAAUCGUCAUGUUAUCUUAUAAAUUGGUCUAACGUAACCUUCAUCU